AUGGCGGUCGUGGAAGUCGUGGCAGUCGUGGCAGUGGUGGAGGUCGUGGCGGUCGUGGCAGUAGUGGAAUCGGUAGUGGAGGUCGUGGAGCUCGUGGAGCUCGUGGAGCUCGUGGAGCUUGUGGAGGUCGUGGAGGUCGUGGAGGUCGUGGAGGUCGUGGAGGUCGUGGAGGUCGUGGAGGUUGUGGAGGUCGUGUUGGAGAUUGCAUUCACUUUGGAGAACUAUGAAAGCCAAAUGUCGUCUUGGAUCGAUAAACAACUUCGUGAUGUCUUAGGAAAGCAAACUCGAACUUCUAACCGGAUUCCUACUGAAGUACAAGAAGCACUGUUAUUCCACAAAAAGAACUACUGUAAGAUUAAGUUGAUGCUGGCGCUGAUUGGGAAUGUUUCUGAAAAGAGUGUCAACUCUUGGUUGGGAGAAGAUCAACCACCAAGAAGAAAGAGCAAUUGGAAUCGUUCCUCCAAGGGAUGGGAAGAAAGAAAUGUCCACCUUGGCCAGGCAUGGGCUGCCCUCUCCGACAAUGAAAAAAAUGUUUUCGAUGAAAAGAUUUUUCGCUUCUCUUCAAAACUACCUACUUCCCUGGACAACCAUGAUACCGAGGAAGAAGAAGAAGAAGAAUCUCUUACUCCUGAGGAAGAGGCCCUCUAUCGACCUCUUUAUCAAAGAUUGGUUAAUCAUGAAAAGGUCAAGUUCUUGGCAGGUAAUUCUCAAGCUCCUGAUAAUACGUCGGUGGUUUCACAAAGAGCACUCACCAACAGGCCUGCCAAACGACCAAAACAUGCUGAUACUGUAAGAACUCAGUUGCGUCAGGAGCUCAAUAAAUUACUAUGUCUUGCACUCGGAGUUGAAUACGAUCCUUCUCUCAAGAAAAAGGGUCCAGUUUUCCCCAAACAAAAGGAUCCGGUGACUCUUCUGGAGAAGGAACAUCCGGCUGUUAAGAUAGUCCAGUUAGAGAAUUCAACUCUGAAGGUUGAUGAGUUAGCAAUUGGGUUAGAAUAUAUGCGUAAUCCUGUACGGGAAAAGUGGCUUGAUGAUAUUAAGAAUGGUGUUUUUACCCUUGUUUCAGACACCUCUGAAUAA